AUGGCUAUGGCGGCUCCAACACACCUUUUACACCCUAUGCACUCCCUGACUUCCCCACUUAAAUCCCAAAACAAUCAUCCCAAGCUGAAAUCCUCCUCCUCCUCCACAUCCAUCAUCACCUGCAAGCUCAGGGCUGCCGUUGUAGGCGGCGGCCCGGCAGGCUCCUCCGCGGCCGAAGCACUGGCAGCCAGCGGCAUAGAGACUUUCCUCUUCGAGCGCAACCGCCCCUGCACCGCCAAACCAUGCGGAGGAGCCAUCCCGCUAUGCAUGUUGGACGAGUUCUCCAUCCCAGCUCACCUCAUCGAUCGCAGGGUCACCAAAAUGAAGAUCAUUUCCCCAUCCAACCUCAGCGUUGACUUCGGCAAAACUCUUCAAUCUCACGAGUUUAUCCCCAUGCUCCGCCGGGAAGUCCUCGACGACUUCCUCCGCCGCCGUGCUGCAUCUCAGGGAGCUACCCUCAUCCAAGGCCUGGUCACAAAUGUGGAGGUUCCCUUAAUGAGUUCUUCUCCCUACAUUGUUCAUUAUAACAUGAACAAUGUGCAGAAAUCAGUUGCUGUUGAUGUUGUCAUCGGAGCUGAUGGAGCCAAUAGUAAGGUGGCCAAGUCCAUAAAAGCAGGGGAUUACACUUGUGCCAUUGCUUUCCAAGAAAGGAUCAAACUUCCUGAUGAUAGAAUGAGCUACUAUGAAGAUCUGGCUGAAAUGUAUGUCGGCAGCGAUGUAUCGCCGGAUUUUUAUGCAUGGGUUUUCCCCAAAUAUGACCAUGUUGCGGUGGGAACCGGCACAGUCUGCUCCAAGAAAGACCUUAAAUUGUUUCAACGUGGUGUAAGAGAAAGAGCUAGAUCGAAAAUUCAAGGUGGCCGGGUCAUUAAAGUCGAGGCUCAUCCGAUCCCAGAGCAUCCCCGUCCCAUCAGGGUUCGAGGCCGUGUUGCUCUAGUUGGGGAUGCAGCUGGGUACGUGACCAAAUGUUCCGGCGAGGGAAUCUAUUUCGCAGCAAAGAGCGGGCGGAUGUGCGGGGAGGCCAUCGUGAAUGCAUCGGAGGGAGGGGAAAGGAUGAUCAAUGAGGAGGAUUUGAAGAGGGAGUAUUUGAAGAAAUGGGAUGAAAAGUAUUUGACAACCUUCAGGUUCCUGGAUUUGCUGCAAAGGGUGUUUUAUGGUAGCAACGGAGCAAGGGAAGCUCUGGUGGAGUUGUGCGGGAAUGAGUAUGUGCAGAAGAUGACUUUCGACAGCUAUUUGUAUAAGAAGUUGGCCACCGGUAAUCCGUGGGAAGAUGUUAAGAUGGUCAUGAAUACCAUUGGCAGCCUGGUCAGGUGUGAAAUUAUUGCAAGAGGAACUCAAAACCUAGAUUCACGAGCUCUUCCACAACUAUAG